AUGAGACAGCUACUGCACAGAGGACAAGGUUUCCUCCUGCAGGCUUACCGGCAGACCAAGGCAUCAGCGGGGACGUCGGGGCUGACCAGCAUGUACGGUCUCUUCACGCUGAUGGGUCAAGCCGAGGUCCCCCUUUUUGAGCUGUUAGACCGCCUGGACAGCCAAGUCCUCGAGGAGAUCUACUUGCCGGACUCGGUGACCCACAGCGCCUCUCCCUUUUAUGUGCACGUGCUCCCAACACGGAAUGUCGAGUCAAAUCACGUGCGGACGUUCUUCAAUCUGCAUUGUGACCAAACCUUCAAGGACCUCGUUUCGGAGCAUCGAAGCCUACUGCGGCCGCUAACGGUCGUGGAGAUCGGCAGCCAUUUGGGAGGCUGCAUUUUAUGGGCCUUGACACACCUACCAGAACAGACCCGUGGCCUUGCUGUGGAUGCCUACCCUCCUGCAGUCGCGGCGCUGCGCCGCACUGUGCAACAGAACCAUUUGUCAGACCGUCUGGAGGUAGUGGAAAGCUUCGUGUGCCUCCGUGACGGAAAAGAUGAAAGACAUUUUGUGGUGUCACUUCGCCAAACCGGCAAGCACCUGGAAUGCACGAGUCUUCAGGCGCUUCUGGAAGAACAGCACAUCGAACAGGUUGACAUACUUCGGAUACAUGUCCUGGGGCGCGAAUUCGAUGCUCUCCGCUCUGCGGAGAAGUUCUUGCGAGCUGGAAAGGUCAAAGCCCUUGCAAUCUCCGUCUCCAAGGAGAGCAUCGAGCUCGAGGCCAUGGCUCAAAUGUUGAUGCGUUCUGGGUACAUUCUACAGCUGGAAGGAUUUGCCAACUGGGACGUCCAGAACAUCUUCCGAGCACAGCAGAGUCUUCCUCAAAGUGUUCAGACGAUGAUUGCCAGAUAUCCACGGUAA